AUGGCUAAACUAUUAGUUCUUCGUCUUUGUUUUGUUCUCAUUGCUUCCUCUUUUUUGUUUCACGUUGGAGGUUCCAUAACUCACAAAUCUCAAGACGGAACUGAAGAAUGGGGCUACGUUCAAGUCAGACCCAAAGCCCAUAUGUUUUGGUGGCUUUAUAGAAGUCCUUCGAGAGUGGACGUCGGUUCCAAGCCAUGGCCAACCAUUCUCUGGUUACAAGGCGGACCGGGUGGCUCGGGAACUGGGUUUGGGAACUUCCUGGAAAUCGGGCCAUUGAACUCGAACUUGAAGCCGAGAAACUCAACAUGGCUGCAAAAAGCAGACCUCUUGUUUGUGGAUAAUCCAGUCGGGACCGGAUAUAGCUACGUUGAGAGUGGAGGUGAAUUUGCGAAAGGCGAUGUGGAGGCGGCGACCGACAUGACGACUUUGCUGGCUGAGGUUUCGAACAACACUGUCGGCCUACGAAACACUCCUUUGUACAUCUUUGCGGAGUCUUACGGUGGCAAAUUCGCCGUCACUCUGGCUUUGUCCCUUCUUCGGGCCAUCCAACCUGGCAAUUUGACCCUUAAUCUCGGAGGAGUUUCUCUAGGAAACAGUUGGAUGUCUCCAGAAGAUUACACGUCUUCUUGGGGUCCUCUUCUCAAAGAUCUCUCACGAAUAGACGACACGACCCUCCAAAAAUCAAAUAGUUUAGCGUUGAAGAUCAAGCAGCAAAUUAAAAACAGGUUGUACGAAAAUGCAACUCUUUCAUGGAAUGAUCUUGAGGGAUUAAUUUUCUCCAAUAGCAACCACGUGGAUUUCUAUAACUUCAUGUUGGAUUUUGAAAUGGACUCAUUAGCCGCGACUACGACGACAAAUAGUGUGGAAUCGAAUAGAAUUGAUUCAGUUGAAGUAAGAAAGAACUCUCCAUAUCUUAGUUUGAAUGUAUACAAACCCGGAGCUAAAGGAGAGUUGGAAGCUUUGAUGAAUGGUCCAAUUAAGCAAAAACUCACUAUUAUCCCACCAAAUGUCACAUGGGGAGGUCAAUCCGACCUAGUCUUCCAAUUUUUUACCGCAGAUUUUAUGAAGCCAAGGAUCAACGAGGUUGAUGAGUUACUGGUUAAAGGUAUUAAUGUGACCGUCUACGGCGGUCAAGUCGAUCUUAUUUGUUCAACCAAGGGAACAGAGACGUGGAUUAAUAAGCUCAAGUGGGAAGGGCUAAAGGCAUUUAUAAGCAAAGAGAGAACUACUUUAUUUUGUGGAAAUGAGAAGCACACCAAAGGUUUCACUAAGUCACAUAAGAACUUGCACUUCUAUUGGAUUCUUGGCGCUGGCCAUUUUGUUCCCGUGGAUCAACCGUGUGUGACAUUAAGUAUGGUGGAUGCAAUCACGCAGUCACCAGCUUCUUGAUGCAGAUAAAAAAA